AUGGUAAAUGUGGAUCAGUGCUCCGAAUCGGUCGGAUAUAGUGGUGAAAUCAAGCUGAACUCAACAAUAGUGUUGACAUGGGGCUGCUGGCUGGGUGCCAACGUGGUAGAAGAGCCAGAAGGAGAUUGCAGAGUCGAACGGAGGGGUGGUCAAACCUCCUACUUGAAACUCGGUGAACCGUCGAGCCGCAACAAUAUACGAGGCCAGUGGUUGAAAAAGGACAACAAAAUGUCAUUGAGGAGCUACGCUAUCAGCUGGAUUGUCUGGCGGUCGCUUCAUAUGGGCACGAAGAGUAGACGGUGGCAGAGUUUCGUGAUGGGUCUACUUAUCUUCCGUGCUUCCGUGAGGACUAGGAUGGUGGACAUCCUCACGUUCAAGGCUUCAAGUGAUUAUGUAGCCUGGCUCUCCGUGGAUCAUCCAAACGUGAAGCCGACGCUUCCGGGAUCGUUGGGUCGUUGGAAACGAACGCCCCAAGGGCCCGACUCCAUCACUGACAUAGUACCUUUAAUUUUCAGUGUGAAGAUACGUCUUGGGGCUAUCCGCCAACUCCGAACUAAAGCUGGUACUGUCGCUGCCAAACAUAUCGAUCAGGCGCACGACCAAAUGGAUGUUUGUGGUGAUGCCCCACUGACGGCGACUCAGUGCGGGAGGACGACGAGCUCUACCUCGCCCUCUAACGCCCCCAGGAAUAACACCUUUAUGAACACUUGGGACGCAGGCACCUUCUCAACCACUAUUCUCUCCUCUUCAGACUUGGGUCCACCUGUGCUGUUAUACCCUUCUCCUACUCUCACGACGCGUAUGAAUUACGUCGAAGAUCUCAGUCUUUCGUAUCCUCAUUUGCAUUCAAACUCGAAUUCAAAUUCUCAAGAUAACGAUGGUGCUAGCCAUUCCGAUGAUACCUCUAGCGCACUCAGCGUUCCUCAACCGACGAUUGAGAUUCCGCUUGAUGAGUUAUUGAGAGGGAUGGAUGGGUUUGACGGUAUGGAAGGUAUGAAGGGCUUGGACGGCGGAGACGACAUGGAUGGCCUCCUUAAUCAUUUGCACCUGUUGUUCAACCAAUUUACUCAAACUACGACAACGGCGUCGUCGUCGACUCCCCCGUUGUUCGGUACCACCUCCUUAGUUCCACCGUCCAAAAAUCCCAACGCGAACGAUUUCUAUGGGGAAGAUGAAAGCCAAGACGUAGAGAUGUUCGAUCAUUCCUCUUCCGCUUAUCACCCCUUGAUCUUUGACGACAAUCCCAAUAACGAACAUAUCUUUUCGUUUGAUCGUGACCUCAACUCCGCUGAACCUAUCCAAAUUCCCAUCCCAACUGUAUCCGGAGACUCGUUGCGUGUGCUGUUUGGGGACUCUCCCAGUGGUCGUUCGGAUGGCCGUUCAUUAACUCCAUUGGAGGAGGCUCUGAGUUUCAGUGGCCAGCAAGACUCCGAGUCCGACUCUAGGGAGUCUGUCGAGUUGAUGAUGUCUUCCACGACCACGAUGACGUUAAGCAUUGGUCAACACAGUACUGAGUUUGUUUAUUCCGGUGCUGGCUCCGUAGGGGGGAGUGAAAAAGAAACUCUGUUGCUUAUUUGGCCCCCAACUAGAGCAAGUCUCUCAGCCAGAGGAGGUCUACAACUCCUCGUCCUUCCUCUCCUACUGGAGGAGGAGGAGUUGCUGGUGGUCUUUCUGUCUAUAGUAAACCCAGGGCUUCAUCUAAACCACACAACCGGCCUAAACCUCGGGCGAACGCACGAGCUAUGCCGAGACCUUCUGCCCGUCAGACAAGACACCCGUAGGCAGAUGAUUCGCAGUCUACAGAGAUAUUUGUCUCGUGUACAAACAGCAGUGGUUGAUGAACACAAAGAGUUACCGGUCACUCCAUCGGAAAUCCUUUCUGGCAUUGAUCGGCACCCAAUAAAAGCGAUUUGCAAGAAAGAUCUGCAAUGUCGUCUAGAACUUUAUGUGGAUGGCUUAGUAUCUAAUCCCGAUAGUUUCCUCUGUCGAUUUAACGCUGUUGAAUGCCCCGAAUUCAUCGACGCAAACUGGUUAGAGGAACGUUGUGUUGCUCCCGACUUCCACGGGGUUGUGGCGGAUUAUCCAGACGCUAUGCUGGACAUCAAUGGUGUCAAAAGAUCAAACGAUGGAAAAUAUGUGCUGAGCCUUUGUCAACCAUGUCAUUCGGCUUUGAAAAACAGAAAGACACCUGCACUAUCGUUAGCCAAUCAUCUGUUCCUUGGUGCGGUUCCUGAAGAGUUAAAAGAUUUGAGUGUCGUUGAAGAGGCAAUGAUUUCACGAUGUCGUGCGAAAAGCUGGAUCAUUCAGCUCAAAGAAGAUAACGGUUUCAUUACACCUACCAACCAGAGAGGUUACAAAGAGUGUAAUAAUAUUCCCGCAGAAUGUAUCCUCUGUGUCCAAAGUCCUACCGCCUUCAAUCGAAGAACUUUCUGA